CCGGCGACGCGAGUGGUCCGUUCAGUGUGUUCCGUCUUCGGGUGUGAGUUUUUCCUUUUGAAGAGAAGGUGAGCGGCACAGGUUCAGCAGGUCAGCAGUGUGAAAGAAGAGGCCUUUUUUUCCUGUCCGAAUCGCGGUCGAAAUAGAAAGAAUCGCACGGUCCGUCGUUCGUGAAGUGGUGGUCAAUCCAUUGACAAGUUGGUUGAUAGUGUUGAUGGGAUUGUUCGCGAGUGUUGCGGGAAGUUGAUUAGAAAAAAGUAAAAUCACUCGUUUAAUAAAGUUGCAAGGAAGAAAAAACUGUGUCAGAAAGGUGAAGUGUUUUAAGGAAGAUAACACAAGUAUAGUUCUAAGGUCACUCAGUGUACUAAAUAACCUAUCUCAGCGAUGGCAACCUCACCAGCACCGGCUCCAGUCAAGAAAGUGCCAAUUCAUUUACAGAGCGCGCAGAACCGCCUGUACAUCAAACGGGGUCACGUGGUGAACCACGAUGGCAUACAGCAGGCAGACAUCUACAUCGAGGAUGGAACUAUCAGAUACGUCGGCUCGGGUGCGGACUUUGUCGUGCCCGGCGGCUGCCGCACGAUAGACGCGGCCGGCCUGAUGGUCAUCCCGGGCGGUAUCGAUCCGCACACCCACUUCCAGCUCGAGUUUGGCGGCACCGUCUCGGUGGAUGAUUUCUACCAGGGCACGAAGGCGGCGGUGGCCGGCGGCACCACCACAAUCAUGGACUUUGUCAUUCCAAAGAAGGGUGAAUCCCUGCUGGAAGCGUACGACGAGUGGCGGUGCCGGGCGGACACGAAGGUGGUCUGCGAUUACGGUCUGCACGUGGCCAUCACGUGGUGGUCCAAGUCGGUGCGGGAUGAGAUGCGCAUCCUGUGCCAGGAACGCGGAGUCAACUCGUUCAAGUGCUUUAUGGCGUACAAGGGCCUCUUUCAGGUCACCGACAGUGAACUGUACGAAAUCUUCGAGACGUGCAAGGAGUUGGGCGCGGUGGCGCAGGUUCACGCCGAAAACGGUGACGUCAUCGCGAAAAACGUCCAGAAGCUACUGGCGGCGGGAGUGACCGGUCCGGAGGGACACGAACUGUCCCGGACGGAGGAGGUCGAGGCGGAAGCCGUCAACCGUGCUUGCGUCAUUGCACAUCAGACCAAGUGUCCCCUGUACGUGGUGCAUGUGAUGAGCAAGUCGGCCGGUAUCGAGCUUGCACGCGCUCGCCGCCGGUACAACGGGGUCGGCAUCUACGGCGAAACGCUGGCCGCGGCCCUCGGAACCGAUGGGACGAACUAUACGCACCAGUGCUGGCACCACGCGGCCUGUCACGUGCUCAGCCCACCACUACGGCCCGAUCCGACCACGCCGGAGUUUAUGAUGAAGUUGCUCGCCCAGGACGACCUCCAGACCACCGGCAGCGACAACUGCACCUUCAACAAAGCGCAAAAGGAGCUCGGCCGCGGUGACUUCACCAAGAUCCCGAACGGCGUCAACGGCGUCGAGGACCGCAUGUCCGUGGUGUGGGAAAAGGGCGUCCAAACGGGCCUAAUCGAUCCGCAGCGCUUCGUGGCCAUCACCAGCACGAACGCGGCCAAGAUCUUCAACCUGUACCCGCGUAAGGGCCGUAUCGCGCCCGGUUCCGACGCCGACGUCGUCAUCUGGGACCCGAAGGCGGUGCGGACGAUUUCCGCGGCGACCCACCGGCAGGCGUGCGACUUUAACAUCUUCGAGGGCAUGAAGGUUCACGGCGUGCCGGAGUACGUGAUUGUCCGCGGGCGGGUUUGCGUCGAAAAUGGAAUGCUCCGGGUGGCCGAGGGUCACGGACAGUUCGUGGAGACGCCGGUCAAUCCGCCGUUUGUGUACGACGCGUUGAACGGAGUUACGGAUCGUAACGGGGAUGACAAGGCCGCCCGGAAUGGACUCCAGUCGUUGGACCUCAACCAGAAGCACUCGGAUGUGGACAUUCCCGAGCCGUACUCGCUGCCGGAGAAGUACAUUCCGGGGCCGGCGUUGAGUGUGAUUUCCGUCGAUUCGCAGGUCAGCACGCCGCACAGUGCGCGCGGUCACAGGCCCGAUGGAACCAAGGACAUGCAGCAGUCGACGUUCUCGAUCAGUGAGGAGCUGGACCAGAGCGAAAACCGCUCGUGCAUUCGCGUCAAGAACCCUCCCGGUGGCAAGUCUUCCGGCUUCUGGUAAACUGAACGGAACGAAUUCCGCCAACUUUUUCUUCAACAACCAAAACAGCAGUCAGCAGUUCUUUAGAGACUCCGCACAUGGACGGGGAGGCUCUUUUUGACAAACCAACCACAACCAACAAAUAUUUAUUAACAUAAAAUUACAAAUUUAUAUGUAACAUGUGACAAAAAAAAAAAUGCGAGCAAAUUACCACUACUACUAAACACAAACACACACUCAACGUCAUAUCUCUCGAUUCGUAACUCUGUGUAAAACAAUACCAAACCAAUGAGAAAUAAAAACGCUGUCUUUUCAUAACAAAGUAACAA